AUGGCCUGUUCAAGGCAAGCCGCCCAAACGGAUAUGAGGCAACAGUUUGUCCAAAAAGAUCAAGGUGUUUGCAAAACGAGAACGCAGAAAGGCCUUCGAAAAAGUGCACGCCUAAACCCGGAGUGCGGCAACCAUAGUGAGCACAAACACCCUCCUCCCGUGAACAAGACUCCAUGCCGGGAAGGCCAGCUGACUGCUCGACAACUCAAGAGUCGAAAGCGGUCGCGUGGAGUUGGAACCAACAACACGCCAACUGACCACCUCCGGAAGCGACCACGGAUAUUUCCAAGCGUUACCGCAAAGAGACCGGGUGACCAAGGAGCACCAUCCCGCAACAGGAACGCCCUAUUCGAUCCCAUUGAGCAUUGGCGGAGGGAACAAGCUUGGCCAAAGGAAUAUUUUGAACCGGACUGUGAAAUGAGUCAUCUACUUGCGAGGAAGAAGUCAACGUCUUCCCUUCGCCGCAAGCGAUCAGGGCUGAGCUCUCUUAAGGCUACCUCCAAUACACCAAGCGACCAAAAGCCGAGGGAGGAGAAGAGUGCGCCAUACCAAGAUCCACGUUAUUCGAUUCUUCUUGAAACGAAGGGCAGUUAUAUGGACAAAUCCGAACUGGAUAUCACAGAUAGCAGCAAACGCCUCUGCAGAACAUUGCUCGAGAAGGAACAGACUGUCCCGAAAGACUCAUUGUUUCAUGAUGAUACGUUUGAUAAGGCCUGCCGAAAAUUGCAAGAUAAAAACGAAGCUAGGGUGAUUCAAGAUAUUUCUCGACUGAUUGUUCCUUCUGCAGAGACAUUUGCUACAUUUGGUGCCAAAACCUUGGACGUUUUAGUCGAAAGCGUCAAUGAAGGCUGGAAUAACUCCAUCCCCGUUGUUGGCCCUCGUCCGCAGCCUGACUAUGCUGUGGGAUUUAGGCGCGCUGCAUUCACGGAAGAUCAACUUUCGAAGAUCAAGCCCAUUUUAGGUGACGUCAUGGACCUGUCUUUCUUCAUGGCCACAUACUACAUGUACUUUCCAUUCCUAACAUGUGAAGUGAAAUGUGGCGCUGCAGGACUUGAUGUGGCAGACCGGCAGAAUGCUCACAGCAUGACCCUUUCGGUCAGGGCAAUUGUGGAGCUCUUUCGGCUUGUAAAGCGAGAACAAGAGCUCCACCGGCAAAUUCUAGCAUUCUCCAUCUCCCACGACCAUCGAACAGUAAGAAUUUAUGGCCAUUACCCUGUGAUGAAGGGUAAAGAGACUACCUUCUAUCGCCACCCUAUCCGCACUUUCGACUUCACUGAACUAGAUGGCAAAGAGAAAUGGACAGCAUAA